AGGUGGCACAUACAAAUGUUGUGCAAUUUCUUGCACCAUUGAGAUGGGGGUGUGGCAAGAGGUUUCCACACAAAUGAGUCUUUCAAUAUGAGUAUCAGUUAGUUUGAGUUUAAUGUUAAUUGCAUGACAAAAUAGAAUUAAGAUUACCAGGAUAACUGGCUGGAAGGUAGAUAGAUGAAAGGAACAUCUUUUAGGUCAAGACUGUCCAUUCAUCAGUUAACAACUUAAGUUACAUCCACUGACAGCCUAUUAAAACUCAGACUACUAUACUUAUCCUCUGUCUAACCAGUCUGUCUAAUUAAUUUAAAAUUAGACAAACUGUUAUUUAACAUUAAACAUUUAUGUAACAUAAACGACUUGAUUCAAGAAUUUGCGAAAUAAAAUUUACACACACACACACACACUACUAAUCGAGCCUACGUUUAAAUUUAAACGAACCGAUUGUCUUUCAUCGAUUACUGGAGCACUUUCCGUUUUACAAAAUUUUUAAUUAUAAUUCAAAACAUAGUCGUUACAAUGUCUGUAUUUUAAUCGAUUUUUUUAACGAAUAUCGUCAGCUGCACCAGCUGAUGGUUAUUAUUGAUUAGUGGAUCCGGGAGCUAGCCGUUUAUAAAUCUGCACACCGGGGAACUGAAAGGAUGGUCUGCUGCAUGUUUGCGAUUAGUUGGGGGGGAAGGAAAAAAAAAAAGUAUAUAGAUAGUUACCACAGUAGCUUGCACUUUUAAAAGCCUUUUAAUCUUAAAAAUGCCUCCGAGAAAGGCACCUGUAAUUAAUGCAAUCUCUCCGGAAGAAAGUCUUUCUCCAGCCACCGAUGAAAUUACUAACAAGAAAAAGACCAAGACGGCCGAAGAGGCUAAACCUGAUGUCGGGAACCCCACAAACGCGGCAGCCGUGCGGAAGAUGUCUGCCCAUCCAUCUACGCUGGAGAUGGUUAAAGAGGCGCUUAAGGCACAGGAUUCCCGUAAAGGAUCAUCCGUCCAAGCCAUACGAGGCUACAUACUGGAGAAAUACCCCUCAGUGGACGCUGUCAGGCUUAAGCACAUGCUGCGCAAGGCCUUAAUUAAAGGGCUUGAAGGCGGAGUGCUGGUUAGACCCCCGAACUCCUCAGCGACUGGUGCACAAGGGAGGUUCCGGCUUCCUGUGAAAAACAAACCGAGAGACCCCAAAGAGUCAAUGGAGAACUCUGAUCCCAGUGGCAGAAAGGCUUCCGAAACUAGGGCUCCUGUGAAGAAGGUGAAGGGAAAAGCAGAAGGAUCUGACAAGCCGAAGCCUGCAACAAAGAAACCAAAGGCCAAGCGCUCAAAGGAUUCAGUGUCUCCAGAAGACUCUGGCUCCAAGGUGGUUCCUGUUAAGAAACCUAAAGCCAAGAAGCCUGCUGGAGAAGAGAAGCAGGAGGACAAGGUGCUGAAACCAGUGCAGAUCCCACCUAGUGAGGCUAGGGAGGACCGUGGUGCACAUGCAGGCAGAAACUCUAAACGUGGAAAGACGAAGUAACGUUUUGCUAUGUUGGGUUAUUUGUAUUUUAUAUUCUAACUGCACUUUUGAAUAAACUUCUAAACCUGA